AUGUCGGCCCCGGCCCAGAACAACGUCGACCUCGACGCUCUGCUCGACCUCUCCGAGUAUGACAACAACUACAACUCUCCUUCGCUCUCGCCCUCCACCACCUCCAAGCCCACCUUCGCCAGCCCAGUCACUGCCUCCGUGGCCACUCCCAGCGUCCCGACGACGUCGCAGACGCUGAGCGGGCCGAGUCACAACUAUGACAUGUACCGCCAGCAGACGGGUUUCGUGCCCGGCGCCAUCGCCAACACCAUGGCGGUCAACCAGUCAAACAACACGGGCUACCAGGACUUUGGCAGCCUCGACUACCUCACGAGCUUCACCCCGGAGAAUGAUGUCUUUGACUUCAACACCUCGCCCUCGCAGGGCACCAUGGACAUGGACUUCGAGUCCCCCGCCGACUCGCAACAGUUCUUCAACACGGUGAACCCCAGCAGCAUCGAGCAGGAGUCGUCCAAUCUGGCCUCGCCCUCGAUGUCGUCCUCGACGGGUAGCGUUGGCCGUCUCUGGCCUGGCGCCCAUUCCCAGGCCGCCCUUGCCAAGGCCCAGGCUCAGCAGCGACAGCAGCAGCACAUCAUCCAGCAGCAGCAGGUUCAGCGCCAGGGUGUGCAGCAAAAGUCGCGUGGCAAGGCUCCCCAGCCCACCGACCCCAUCGUCGAGCAGAAGAUCACUCAGCUCCUCAACUCGAUGCGGGCCAAGACGUCGUCGCCCGACUCCCAGAACCCGUCUGCCCACACCAACCUGCCUCGGGCCAAGAAGGACGAGGAGGAGAUGGAUGAGGAUGAACGUCUGCUCGCCAGUGAGGAGGGCAAGAAGCUCAGCAGCAAGGAGCGCAGACAGCUCCGCAACAAGGUUUCGGCCCGCGCUUUCCGCUCCCGAAGAAAGGAGUACAUCACCCAGCUUGAGGCUGAGAUCGCCAACAAGGUCAACGAGAACGGAGACCUCCGUGCCCAGAACCGUGCCCUCGCGGAUGAGAACAGGCGCCUGUCUGACCUCACCCGCAUGCUCCUCUCAUCUCCUUCCUUCUCCACUUUCCUUGACCACCUCAGCACCAACCCGACAGCCAUGCCUCAGGCUGCUCAAGUCAAGGUCGAGCAGCAGCAGCAGGAGCAGGCGCAGAUCCCCAAGGACGUCAACCCUUACGGCUCUCAAUCACAACAGCAGCAGAUCGGCAUGGCCAUGAUUCCCGAGCAGACCAUGGACUUUUCGCUGCUGAGUCUCGACAACUCGUCGUACAACUACCAGCCCCAGGUCUUUGUCGUCGACACCCCUGAGGUGCCCGCCGCCAUCGACGCGUCCGUCCUUUCCGGCAAGUCCUCCAACUUCGUCGAGGAGUCCUUCCAGAGCGACGAUGAGAAGGUUGAGGUUCCCGUCAUCGAGCGUCCCUCUGAGGUGCGCGAGGUUGCCGAGCCCACCGAGGUGACGACGGUCGACGAGGACUUCGAGACCGACCCCGAGUUUGCACUGUUUCACUCGGAGCCUGUCACCGUGUCGGAGGCGCCAAAGACGGUCGACACCGAGUCCCUCACCAGCGUGGACAUUUUCGGUGGCAUCGAGGCCGAGAAGGUGCUUUCGCGCUACGAGCUUGUUGAUGCCUCCGAUGAGGAGGCGUCGGCAACGUUCGCCAUGGCCCGGGUACAACGCAUCAGCGCCAGCCUCGAGUCUGUCGUGUCAAGGUUAGAGCUUCUCACGAUGGAGCUGUAG